AUGGAAGAAGAGGAUAUAACAUUUACAUUUGAACAAUCACUACUUAAAGCAGGUCAAGCUGGUAAUAAUAAUGUUGUUACAACACUACUGGAGUUAGGAGCCAAUAUUGACUACCAGAAUGAAGAAGGAGGAACAGCACUAAUAUUUGCAAGUCAGAAUAGACAUUACCAAGUUGUUGAGCUUCUACUCAAAGAAAAUGCUGAUAUUAAUCUUCAAGACCAAGAAGGUUGGACUGCUUUAAUGUUUGCCAGUAAGAAUGGACAUUACCAAGUUGUUCAGCUUCUUCUCAAGGUAAACACUGAUCCUAGUCUUCAAACACUAGAAUGUUUGACUGCAUUAAUAUUUGCAAGUGGAAAUGGCCAUGACCAAGUUGUUGAGCUUCUUCUCAAAGAAAAUGCUAAUCCUAAUAUUCAAACACAAGAAG